CAUGAGGGUUCGCCAGUGGCCCAGAGAGGUCACUACUGAAGUUAGAUUUCUAAUUAUUUAUUUAAAAACAAAGGAGAAUUUACCAAAGCAUUAUAAGGGCAGUACAAACAGGCACAUACCUACUACAAACGAUAGAAUGAGUUCAUUUUGAAAAACGACAUCACGUGUCUGCUAUCCAGAUACGAAUCUUUUUGUCGCUGCCAGCCACCAGAAUAGAUGGUGGCGCCAUCCACGGCCGGGGUCACUACUAACAUCCACGUGCGCCUCUACGGUACCAGUCAGGGCGUACACAGCGCCACACACGGUCGCCCACGACACUUUAGUUCAUCCUCUGGUGUUUCUAACUUUCAAACCGGUGCUUUUCAUGUCUUUGUUUUGAUUUUUUCGAAUAUUUAUAUUGGAGACAAAGGGGAGUGAAGCCAACAUAUUCGAAGUUGACGUCUCACAACGAGUGGAUGUGCUUUAGGAUUUAUUUCCUGGGGGUGUGAGACAAAAUGUUUAUGACGAUCAGAACAGAGUUGAUGAUGAGGGACGAGAGUAAACAGAUCUCAGCAGCAGAGAAAAUUCACAAGGAACUUUGUAGACGGAAGGACAGAAGAGAGGAAUUUAUGGAGGAUCUUUUGCGAUUCAGCGUUGCUCAUGCCCUCUGCGAUGUCAUGGGGACUACCAACGAGAAAUUGUUAAAGCCAGUCCUAGAGAGCCUCUCAGUCCUCUCCACGACAAAGAUCUUCUUCGAGAACAACCUGGGGAACCUAUCCCUCGACAAAAUCAUGAAGACGUCAUUUUUUCUACUUCGAAAACGAACUCAAUUUGAGGAAAUCCUGUUCCACAUGUUGCUGACAGUAGAGAAGAUCCUGGUGAGCGCUGAAAUGUUCCAGGUGGACCUGGUGAAUCUCUGCGAGAUCAACAUGAUGCUGGAGUACCUGUUGGAUUUUGAAGCAGUGGGGAAUUGGCAGAUGAAGCCUAAACUCUGUUCUGUCAGGAUUUUUAAGCAAAUUAUUCACGUCAUUGGAAUUCCAUUGGAUGACAAGAGCUCGGAGAUGGUUCGAAAGCUGUUUGAAGACCACUUGAAGUGCCUCGAGCAAGUAAUCAAGGUCAGGGGAAACCCCAAUUGUCCUAUAGCACUCACUGCUAUCAAGCAUAUCUGCGAGAUCAACUGCAAAGCUGUUUGGUUCUGCUCAACAAUUCGAGACAGUUACGACUCGGACAUUUACGUCGUACCUCCUCCAAAGCCCUUCCACGACGCCCUGAUCGUCUCCCUCAUGUCUACAGCUUCAGAAUCUCUGAUAAAAUCAGUUCUCCCUCAUUUUCACCAACUCCCCCCCACCAGCAACAUCAUCCAGUACAUCCGCGAGAGCUUCCUCACAUUCCUAAACCAGCUCUACGACCUGGACGUACCCACGCAUAUCCUUUCCAGAACCCUCGCCACCGAGGGCUACCUGAUGUUCCUCUUCCAGGAGGGAAGAAGUCAGUUCCUCCAGAAGAUGAAGUGGUUCCCAAAUACUGUCUCUCACGUUCUUGCCAAGGUUCUGACGAAUCUCGCGGUGAAGGAGGGCUCCCUCGGGGUAGAUGCCACCGCAGGAGAUGUCGAGGGGUUCAGGGACUCUCUCGCCCAGGGGAUCAUCUCCACCAUUGAGUCAGAACCGAUGAAGAACUCCAGUGCUUUCUUGACCCUCAUUUACUUUCAUCACAAAGCAACGAAAAAAGAGAUUGAAGUACCUCUCGAGGUGAUCGUGGAGAAGAUCCUGCACAUCCCUGAGGCCCAUUUCAGGGUUCCCGAGGUCAAGGUACUCUGGUUCAUUCUGGCGAAGCUCAUGCUGAGGGUCAGGGAGAGACCUAAAGGACUCUCUGAAGCUGUCUCAAAACUUUUUGGAAUUGUCAAGGACCUGGGGAUUGGCAGGUGUUUUCUCGAUGAUGAGGAAGUGGUGAAGAGUGUUCUGGUACAUCCUCUGGGGCAUGAAAUUAGGCGAGAUGUACUGAAGAUGUGGAUUGAGAGAUAUGGAGAGGUGGAGAACGUCUGGGAUGACUUCUCUCAGGAUAAUCUGAUUUUCUGUCUUUGGAAAUUGAUUGAAACUUCGCCAGAUAAUUUCGUCAGGAAGGCCCAGAAGUGCCUUGAGGUGAUAAUCAGCAAGAAGAACCUUGAGAAAGACAUGAAAUAUUUUUUCCUGCAGAGGAUUCCCGACAUCAUCGCUGACUUCAACAACUCCAAAUCUCACAAUUUCAUAUCAAUUCUGGAACUCUUUGAAAAACUCACUCCUGAAGACUUUCCAGGGGAGUUCGGGCCCCACUGUGCCCCCAACAUCAUCCGAAUACUCCUCAUCGAGGGAUUGGACACAAGGGUGAAGUGCCUCCUCAUGCAAUUCUGCUCCAGAAUUCUCUCCUCCAGUGGACGUCAGUCGGACCCAAGAGUAGCCAAGAUUUUCGUUGAAAAACCUGACAUCAUCAGGGAAAUCUGCACCCAGGCCUUCAGUUGGGAGAGCGAGGACGCCCUCUCUGGAGUCUGCCUUAGGGUUCUCACGAUUCUCCUCGUGACCCAGCAGAAAUUUAAAUUAAAGAGCAAGGAGACCCUGGUUCUGGAAGAGAUGCAGUUGUACAGCCCUCUGAAGAGGUCUCUGGUGGUGUCCCUGGAGGGUGUGAGGUUCCUUACGAUUCUCUUGUCAGAGAGUGUUGAGGAGCCGGUGGUGAAGUUCGAGGACUUCACCGGUGGGACUCGAAGGGACGAGGUCAUUUAUGGUAUCUACGACAGGGUCAUCGUACUCCAGGGAAUGUGUGGUCUAGAACACUGGAUCUACCUCUACAACUGCCUCUCGACAAUCCUGACCUUCUGCGAGGGUCGGAAAUUCAGGAAGACCCUGGCCCUCUGCUGCGACUCCCCAGCCCACUUUUUCCUCGUCUUCUUCGCCACUCAGAAACUCGACACUUCACCCCAAUUCUUCAGUUUCCUCAACAACUGGCUGACAAUCUCCAUCUCCAUCCGCACCCUCAGUAUUCAGUGCGCACUGUCAUCCAGGGAGAAACGAACAAGAGACAAAAUUGAAGCCAAUCUUCCGUUUGGAAGGACUCUAAUGUUCCUGAAUGUCUACAUCAAUCAUCUGAGAGGUGACGCGAACGUUGAUCAGGCUGUACUCGCAUCUCUGAGGACUUUGAUUGAAAAAAUCAUUUGAGACGUGAAGAAGUUUUCUUCUACUCCAGAGAUGAUUAACAAAUCAUUUUAUUAUUAAUUUUUCAAAUCUGGGAGAAUUAGAACUUUUCUGAGUGAUAAGUCACAAACAAACACUAUUUUUGCUAUUUCCAGAAGAAUUAUAUUUUUUUAAUUAUAAUUAAUUAAUUUAAUUGAGUAAGCUCUUCAUCUACUCCUGAAAUAAAUUUUCAGAUAGAAAAGUUCAUCUGAGACAAUAAAAAAUUGUUUCUUUGAUGUUUCGUUAGAGUAUUAAAAAAAAAUUAUGUUGGAAGAUGAAAAGAUUCUUUUCAUAGAGAGAAAACCAAUUAUCACUUGAUAAAUUCGUUUUAUUAACUUUCAUGAACAUUUUAUUACAAUAUUAGUAAGACAUUAACAUUAAUUCGAGGUUCACACGACCGUUAAAUUCUAAAAAAGUGAUUGUACGUAAUUGCGAGUGAUAGUACAGCAUCUGAAAUGAUCCCUCCAUCAAUGAGACGUAUCUCCGAAGUACGUGAGACAGUUUAAGUCCUCUUCAUCGUACGCUCAUAAUGCAUUAAAUGUGCAUAAUGGAGUAUUUUCUGAAGGAUUAUUGGGAUUAUGUUCUUGGAACGGGAUUUAAGCGUAUGUUUCAUCUCGCUUUGUCUGAAUAACUUCAGC